AUGGACGCUCAAUUGCGCAUUUUGUUCAGGUGUUGGGCAGGGACUGUUUUGGAAUACUGAUGUCAGGACGUGAUUCAAAUAGUUGCCUGACACGUUUAAAAAUCUAUAGGCCUUCUGAGAAGGCAGAACUCGUGACAAACACACUCAUAGCUCCUAUUUUACUUCGUUACUCUUUCGUUACACACCUUCAUUUUUAUUUAUAAAAUUGAUUAACACUGGGGCACAAUAUGGACCGAAGCGGAACCUACCGUAUGGACGACCUUGCCGGAACGCCACCCCCCUCCCCCUACCACCGGGAUCCGAACACGCGACUCGUGCCUGUACCGGACCUGUGGGAAGUCGAGGAUACACCAGACCCGGAUUUUUCCUCGGCUCGGGUCCUCCUACCACCAGAACGCUUUGUUUCCGACGACGAGGGUGCCCCCUCCGACCCAGAGAGGGAGGCCCUUCGCCGCGAUACCACCGAUGGCACCACGGCAUCCAGCCCGGAUGAAGCUCCAACAAGCCGGCGGUGGCGAGCAGAUCUAGACGGUGAAGGAAAGACCUGCCCCUGCACCCCAACACAGAUCUGUUUGGUGGUUUGUUUGGUUGUUGUCCUGUGUGUUGUGAUAACUGCUGUGGCGCUGUAUAUGACAGGACGACUGUUUGGCAGGAAUGGGAUAUUUUCCAAGAAAGACAAAGGCGAGGCAAAAUUAUAUCUGAUAGGGGAGGAUAGGGCGGCGAGAACAAAGGCCUAUUGUUUGGAUGGCUCGAGACCUGGCUAUUACUUCGUACCAGGAACCGGGAGCGGUAAAAACAAGUGGCGGGUUCACCUAGACGGUGGCGGCUCGUGCGAUGACCUUGCCGAGUGUUAUUCGCGAAGUCUAACCGACAACGGCUCCACGCGACGGUUACGCACGAGGAACACAUUCAACGGUUUCCUGUCGACCAAUCAGGACGAGAACCCUGAUUUCUUCAACUGGAACGUGGCGUACGUCCAUUAUUGCGAUGGCGCCUGCUUCUCUAGUAACCGGGCGGAUCCGGUGACCCUCAAAGGAAAGACUUUGUACUUCCGGGGCAGGUCGAUCCUAGAUGCUGUGUUGGACGAGUUGAAUGACGUCAGAGGAAUGUCAAACGCUACGACAGUGAUUCUUAGUGGGGGCUCCGCCGGUGGUAUCGCCGUGUACCGCCAGGCUGACCACGUGAGGAGCAGACUGCCGCGGACAGUCCAGUACAGAGUGCUGCCCAGCUCCGGACUGAUGGUGUGGGAACUCAACACCAAGAAUAACGACUUCUUCAGGAGGAGGGCUGACAUGCACGGCAUGCUGGAUGGUCCGGAUCACCCUGCCUGUCUACAAGCCUUCCCAGGCGACGAUCGAUGGAAGUGUCUCUUACCGCAGUUCGCCGCGCCCUACGUCACAUCCGCCAUGUUCGUCCUGAACGCCGCCUACGACUCCUGGGCCCUAAAGAAUAUCCUGAGACUGGACUGCAAACCGGAAAGGUGCAGCGGCAGGGACCAGCAGGCCCUGCUACGGUACCAAGAGAAGGUCAUCGGGGUCACAGCCAGUCUCGGGCGCACACAGGGCGCUUUUAUACCGAGCUGUGAUGACCAUUCCAUCAUCGGAACUUCCGACUACAAUAAGAUCGUGGUUGGCGGGAAAACACCCGCCGAGGCCUUCUCUGAUUGGUUCUUCGAUCGGACAGUGAACAGUUCAAGAUAUAUCGAUAGCAUGACGUGUUGUAACCCAACAUGUUAAGUUAGAUUUAAAUGCAGUACUACGUAACAUCGCAAGAGGGGCUCGUCGAGCUAUCAAUCACUCCAGUGCACGCGACAAAAUACAGCUUACUAUAUAGAUUUCUUUGUCUUCAGAUUCUAAUUUUUCCUUUCAUUCUUUUUAUUAGCUGACAUUGUUAAAAACAUUUUAGACGAUGAAUGACGUUGUCAUAAAUGCAGAAAAACGUCUGUGUUUCCGCAUUUAUAAGAAUUAAUUGCGAAUAAAAGUUCAAGAUUAACAAGGCAA